UUCGUGCCAGGAUACUAUCAAUAUAAUAGCUUAUGCAAUUACUCAGUAAUAAUACAUUUUCAACAUCAUGACGUCCUCCCCAGAUCAUUUACUGACCUUAGAUCAGUUUCCAGGGGCAACUUCAUGCUACUCACACCAUCAACAGGCUGCCAUUGGACAGAUUUCGUCCUGAAGGCUGCUUUACCACAGUGCCCUCUAGUGUCCCCCCAUCUCAUACUCAAACAACCAUAUUAUUGCUCAAUACUGAGCCCGUCAGCUGACAAUGACAGUGCCCAAUGUUAAUAUCAUAACUACUUCUGACUCAUUCCUGGAUGCCAACUCACAGUCAGUCAGCGUGGACUGUGAAUGAACACCGGUCUGCAGGAACAGAGGCUACAAGAACCUUCAACAUUAGACCCGUACUUUUACUAGUAUCAUUAGUUUGAACAGCAGAGUUUGCUCUGAGAGGUUAGAGGAUGCACUGCGGUAUAUCCUGGUUUAUUCAUGUGCUUCUGUUCCUUUUAACUUCCUCUGUAUAUCUAAAUGGAUCCUGCUUGGAAUCAGCAGGCAGUAAACCUCCUCAGCCAAUAAUCGCUGAGCUGCGGGCUAAUGUUGCUACACAGAGCCUUGUGGUGAAGUGGCUGGUCAAUCACACUGGUUUAACAAGGGAAAGCGGUGAUACUUAUGAAAUACAGGUCGGACGCACUGACAACCUCACUAUCGUUCACAACAGCAAAGUGAGUAGCUGUCCUUUCGGUAGUAACUCCACGUUAACAUGGACCUGGGUGUCUACUCUGCCUUUACAAUGUGCUGACCAUUCAAUCAGAAUACGACGUUUCUGCAGCCAUGCAGACCCAAGUGACUGGAGCCAAUGGAAGACAAAUUAUGGUGCCCAAGACACAGUGGACAGAGUUUGGAAAAAGACCAAGAUGUUUCCCUACCAGCAGGUGUUAAAGGAAGGCUCCACUAUCUUGUUCUGCUGUGUCCCUCCUAGAGGCAUCCACGUCACCAAUAUGACCUUCAACUCCACCACCAGCUACCCCCUGAUCAACAUCACUCACAGAGUCACAGCCAUUGCUGUCCACAACCUAAACAUCACACAAGCAUCCGGCUCCGGGGUGUACUCCUGGUGUGAGGAUACAACAGAGAAGAGGAACAACUACUGCUCCAACUUCAUCAGCUUUUCUCCCCAGAGGCCGGAGAACCUGAGCUGCUGGACUGAGGACCUGAGAACUGUUAUCUGCACCUGGAACCCUGGUAGACCUGCUAACCUGUAUGAACCCUACAAACGCACACACACCCUUCACAUAAAGAACACUGUUGAGGAUCCUAUCAAGUGUGGUGAGUGGUUCUGCAGGUUCCAGGCUGUCCCAGGCUUAGAGUGGUAUCAUGUCUCAGUGAUAGUCAAAAACCAGCUAGGAGAGGAGAAACAAAGCUACAGCUUCAACAUCACUGACAGAGUGUUCCCAGUUCCAGAGGGAGUGAAAGUGAGUCCAGGGGUGACAGAAGCCAACGUGUCCUGGGUUGUGAGGGGGAACCUGUCUGGGGUGGAGCUCUUCUGCCAGGUCACAGCAGACCCAGUAGAGCCUAGGAGACCGACACACCUGGCUGCAGCAGCAGACCUACAGAGCACAUCCAUGCAUCAGGUGUGCAAUGGAGGCUCGGACGAACGUUGUGAUGUCAGCCUGGAGCAGCUCUCGCCCAACACCCGUUAUGCCACCCGGGCGCGCUGUGCUGUGAGAGGGAACCUAGAGGGAGAGUGGACACAACCCACGCACUUCACUACUUACCCCCUGGUGAGGCUGGAUGUGUGGAGGAGGGUCAGAUCGCUGUCCCAUGGUCAGCGCAACGUCACUCUGCUCUGGACCCCGCAAUUAAGUGGCUCGUCAUCUAGUGUUAAAAUCCAGGGCUACAAGGUACGCUGGAGGCAGGAGGGGUGCCAGUGGAUCCUGUGGAAGGACAGAGAGCAGACACAGACUGAGAUCUCCAUUGGCCCAGGGCAAUGUGACAUGAUCAUCCAGGCUGUUAUUCAGCCUGGCUCCUCCCCAGGCCACAUCACCAUACCUCCGGUGGAGAGAAAAGGUCAGUUAUCAACACCUUAUCAUUGGAAUGCCACGCGUGUGAGUGGGAGUGCCAGCGGAGGCUUCCACCUCAUCUGGAAAGAGCAGGAAGGUGUCACUUGUGGGCACACUGUGGAGUGGUGCACAGUAGGAAGCGGAGUUUCCUGCACCCUGCAAUGGAGGAGGGUGCCAGUGGGAAACACAUCAGUGUCCCUACCAGCAGGAGAUUUUAAAGCGGGUCAUAGGUACACCUUUGAUAUAUAUGGCUGCACUGACGAAGGAGACAAACUACUGGAGAUCCUCACUGGCUACUCCCAGGAACUCAAGCCUGUCCAGUCUCCCAGUCUGGUUGAGCCCAUUCGAACAACUUCCUCUUCUGUGACACUGGAGUGGCAUUACCAUGAGGAUGACCACUCUCACCCAGGGUUCAUCACUGGUUACUUGGUAACCGUGCACAAGACAGGGUCUCAGAGGUCACCAGGUCAUGUGCCAAGUCCUUUUACCAAGAUGGUGGCAGACCCCCACAAUAAGUCUCUAACCAUAGUAGGACUGCAGGAGCACCAGAAGUACACCUUCCAUCUGAGUGCACUCACUAAUGUUGGACCAGGCCCGCAUACUACUGUAACUGUCAAGACCCAGACAAUCCCCUCUAUUCUCCUGGCUAAGAUCUUAACUCCUCUACUGCUGCUGUUGGGGCUCGCCAUCCUCCUGUGUCUAUUCUGGAAAAUGCUGAGGAGUUGUAUAGUGGAGCUGUUUGGGUACCCAGCUGGGAUGAACAUCAAACCAAUUGAACUGGACCGCCACAUACAUGAGACCAGUGAAAGGCUGCGGUGUCUCAAGGUGGGGGACUGUGUCUGCAGUGACAUAGAGAUCCUGAGCGUCAGGCCAACCAUGUCAGAGAGGAUGCCUCUCAUUCACCCCAAACUCCCCCGCCUUUCUUCCUCUUCCACCACCAUUCCCUCCUCUUCAUUCUGCCCUGUGCACCCUUCCUCCUACUCUUUAUCCAUGUCUUCCUCCUUGCCCUCCCUCUCACCUUCCUGCCCAUCCUUUUCUACUCAACACCUGCACCAAAAAGGGUACUGUCCACAGUCACCCACAGAAGCCUGGGAUUGCUCAGUACAGACAAGCCUCACCAACAGAAGUUAUUUCCCCUCUGUGGGGGCGGAGCAAUCCUUUGAGCUGAAACCAAUCAGAGUCACAGACAGCAGUGACUUCUCCAGCUCACCAAUCAAGCUCUCCAAUCUCAUCACCAACGAGCCUUCUGAGGGGCCGCAGUUACGACCAGGGGCAUUAUUGGAGAAUAUUGAUGGAUACAUUACCACUGACUCAUUAGUUAAGUCAAUGACUGUAUAUAUGAAUGGACAAAGCCAUUGAUUACAUGACACCAUUCAUUCCUAUGUGAAGACUUAAUAGCGCACUGAAGCCAAAUUUAGUCAGUCAUGUAGACAUAACAUGCUCAGUUUGAGCUACUCCUGGAAGUGACUUUGCUGGUUAGCGUAGUGCUGCCCCUCUCAUUGAAUAACUCAACUUGAAGCCCGACCGGUGUUGGCUGCCAUUAGCAAUUAAAUUAUACUUCUAAAUCAAAUUGUAUUUGUCACAUGCACCGAAUACAACAGGUGUAGACUUUACCUUGAAAUGCUUACUUACGAGCCCUUAAUUUUAACCAACAAUUCAGUUAAAAAGUGAGAAAACAAUGUAACUAAGAAAGAAAAAAAUGGAAAUAGUAACACAAUAAAAGAACAGUAACGAGGAUAUACAGGGAGUACCGGUACCGAGUCAAUGUGCAGAGGUAUGAGGUAAUUGAGAUCAGUGGUGUACAGUAGUACUUAAGUCGUUUUUGGGGGUAUCUGUACCUUACUUCACUAUUUAUAUUUUUGGCAACUUUUACUUUUACUUCACUACAUUCCAAUAGAAACAAAUGUACUUUUUACUCCAUGCAUUUUCCCUGACACCCAAAAGUAUGUGUCACAUUUUGACAGGAAAAUGGUCCAAUUCACACACUUAUCAAGAGAACAUUCCUGGUCAUCCCUAAUGCCUCUGAUCUGGCGGACUCACUAAACACAAAUGUUUUGUUUGUAAAUUAUGUAUGAGUGUUGGAGUGUGCCCCUGGCUAUCUGUCAAAAAAAAAAUUGCAGUCUGUUUUGCUGAAUAUAAGGAACUUGAAAUGAUUUGUACUUUUAUUUUUUGAUAUAUUUUCGUGAUUACUUUGACUUUUGAUGCUAAAGUAUAUUUAAAACCAAAUACUUUUAGACUUUUACUAAAGUAGUAUUUUACUGGGUGACUUUCACUUUUACUUUAGUCAUUUUCUAGUAAGGUAUCUUUACUUAUACUCAAGUAUGACAUUUGAGUACUUUCUCCACCACUGAUUGAGAUAUGUAAAUGUAGGUAAGGGUAAAAGUGUCUAGGCAAUCAGGAUAGAUAAUAAACAGCAUAGCAGCAGCGUAUAUGAAGAGAGUGAAAGUGUGUCUAAGUGUGUGUUUGUGAGGCAUCAAUAUGUAUGUGUGUGAGCGUGAGCGUGUGUGUCUUGGAGUGUCAGUGUAGUAGGUGUGAGUGUGUACAGAGCCAAUGUAAGAAUGUCAGUGCUAAGUGAAGGGGGGGUAUAAUGCAAAUAGUCUGGGUUUUCCAUUUGAAUAACAGUCUUAGAAUCAGAUCAGGAGCCUGGGCCAAUUGUGCACCGCCCUAUGGGACUCCCGAUAACGGCCGGUUGUGAUACAGGCCGGGAUUGAACCCGGGUCUGUAGAGACGGCUCUAGCACCUCUGCGCCAUUCGGGAGGCCCCGGGACAGAAGAUUUUUAUGUGCUUCAGCACUCUGUGGUCCCGUUCUGUUAGCUUGUGUGGCCUACCACUUCGUGGCGGAGCCGUUGUUGCUCCUAGUUGUUUCCACUUCAAUAUAAAUAGCACUUACAGUUGACCAGGGCAGCUCUAGCGGGGCAGAAAUGUGAUAAACUGACUUGACGAACUGACUGACAAUGUUUCUCUAUGGAGAUUGCAUGUCUGUUUGCUCGAUUUUAUAUACCUGUCAGCAACGGGUGUAACUGAAAUGGCCGAAUCCACAAAUUUGAAGGCGUGUCCACAUACUUUUGUAUAUAUAGUGUACAUCUAUAUCUAUACAUCUAUAUCUAUGUAUAUAUAGUGUAUUAUUUUGUUUACACAAAGACAGACCACGAAGAUUGCUAUUUUUCCAUUCCCUAUAAUGUGGGUCCUGUUUUCUGCAAACAAUGCCUAAAGUACCCCGUUAUUCAGUGGGAGGGGACAGUCGUUUCCCCUGAGUUAAGUAGUCAGUCUGAUUCUGAAAGGUCAAGGGUCAAGAUCUGUUGGUGGGAUAUUUUGCUGGGAAGAUGACAAGAUGAUGUUUGUACAACGUGUAGGGUUCAAAUAACACUUUAAAUCAUUUGAGCUGCUCUGACAAAAGAGGGUUACACCAAAGUUUUUACUGUGGUUUUUAUGUUAUGGUGAUGUCCUGAUUUGUACUAGUGCCAUGCAGCCCAGAGUACUUCCAUUAUUUGAACCUGGACUGUGUGUUGUGUUUAGGGCAAUGAAUAAUGUGCAUAAUGCAUUCUAUUUAUAUUGUGAAACUAUAUCUCAUGUAAAUAGACUCAUUCACUUUCUCAGUUAAAGUAUGUUAAAUCCAUUAGUCAUGUUAAAUCCAUGCCAACAUCACUACCACACCAUCAGCUCCCAUGCUCUUAAGCAAAUAUGAUUGUCUGUAGAAAUGUAUACGUUAGCAUUUUGAGGACCUCCAGAUCUACACAGCUUACUCAAUACUCAUGUUACUCAUACUCCUCUCUCCACAUUGUCAAUCUGCAGUGCAGACUUUUGAAAAGGCUGUGGUUGUGAAACCGAGAGAAUGUUGCCUCAACAGGCUGAUUAGCGCACAUCCUCUCAGUAUCAAAUGGAUGAUCUAAGGGGAAAUGGCUCAAUACAAACCGCUGGGGUGAAUGUGAAUCGUAAAUGCAACUUCAAUAAUAUCUUUUUAAGGUCUAUCUAAGCUACUGUAUACUCUCACAUAGGGGCUAGGCUUGAGGGUUAAUUGUAGCCUAGAUUAUUUUUUAAACAGCCGUUACAGUUCAUAAACCAAAUAAAUAAAUUCAAGUGUUAUUUGUCACACGUGCCGAAUACAACAGGUGUAGACUUUACCAUGAAAUGCUUACUUACGAGCCCUUUACCAACAAUGCAGAGUUAAAAAGCAAGAAAAAAAAUGCAAAUAAAGAAAAAAAGGGAAAUAGUAACUCAAUAAAAUAACAAUAGCGAUGAUAUAUACAAGGAGUACCGGUACCGAGACAAUGUGCAGGGGUAUGAGAUAGUUGAGGUAAUUGAGAUAAUAUGUACACUACAGUUAAAAAGUUUGGGGUCACUUAGAAAUGUCCUUGUUUUUGAAAGAAAGCACUUUUUUGGUCCAUUAAAAUAACAUCAAAUUGAUCAGAAAUACAGUGUAGACAUAGUUAAUGUUGUAAAUGACUAUUAUAGCUGGAAAUAACAAUUUAUGGAAUAUCUACAUAGAAGUACAGAGGCCCAUUAUCAGCAACUAUCACUCUUGUGUUCCAAUGGCACGGUGUGUGAGCUAAUCCAAGUUUAUCAUUUUAAAAUGCUAAUUAGUCAUUAGAAAAACCUUUUGCAAUUAUAUUAGCACACUGAAAACUGUUGACCUGAUUAAAGACGCAAUAAAACUGGCCUUCUUUAGACUA